UCAUCCCAAAAAAGGAGAGAGGGAUGAGUGAGUGAAAGAGAGGUGCAGUUACUGUGAAGAACAGGCAGACAUCGCCAGUCUUCUCAUGAACUGCAGAUCACAGUCUCUACUGAACAGAAGCUCUCGUGUGAAGACGUCGUCCACGAUGGCUGAUCCGGAUCCAGUGCUCCCACACUCGUUCACUCCGACUUCAAGCAGCGUUUACUCGGAUCAGUUCGGCUUUUACUCUCUGGACUGUAACGUUCCUGGACUUUCUAAGGUCAUCUUAGACAAACUCAACAUGAAAGACUACAAAGAUUACAGGGCAGCAUUGGAGGGAAAAGGAAAGGUGGGCUUUCGCUCUUACAAAGAAAUGUUUCAAAAUCUAGAAGACACGUUUAAAUUCUGUGCCUGCUGCUCCAAACUACCAUCCAACCUUCCUGAUCCUCGAGCGCUCAAACGCUGCAUCAAGUGUCUGAAUGUGUAUUACUGCAGUAAAGACUGUCAGAGGAAAGACUGGUCUUUGCAUAAGAAGUUCUGUAAAACGCUGCACAAGGUGUCCAUCGACAGGCUGGCGGAGUGGCUCGUUCACACGGGGGAUCUUCCUUUCCCUACGGAGGUGUGGUCUCGUCCCGCUAAAGAUGUCAGGUGUUGGGAUGAUUGGGUCUCAAUGCAAGGAGAUCUGACACCCCGUCUGGAGCCGAUCCUGUCCGGGAAAAACAUGACAGAUCUCUGGACCAAUGGCUGCAGGCCGAGGCCCGAGGAGGCGGAGCUUCGUGAGUCUGUGUGGCGGGUGUGCAGCGAGUUCUUCUCUCGGCCGCUGACGGUGGGCCUCGGGAUUCAAAUGUCCCGUCUGGACCCGUAUUCCCGGCCUCUGACCGUACAUCUGGUCGGAGCCGGUCACAACGAGACGCUGGGAGCCCGAGUGUCCGACAUGGACGAGCUCAGCCGCAUGUUCCCGGGGCACCAGGGGCUGGAGGUGGUGAUGGUGGGGCCCGAGGUCGUCCAGGGGCCCAUCAUGAGGCCUCCGCUGAGGGCGUUCGGACCCCGGGAAAGAGUUUACAUCAGCGCUUACAAGGGCCUUUACCACCAGUUCUGGGAGGAAGUUGUGGAGAAAGGAGAAGCAGCCAAACCGGAUCUAGUGGUUGGAUUUCACCCAGGGUUUCAUGCGUCUCAGGGGUUAGGAGAGGGCUGGCUGCCCACCUUACUGCUGCUCAGAGACUACAACAUCCCAUCCGUCUUCACUAUGUACAAUGAUGCAGAGCUGCAAUAUUCCUUGCAGAUUCUCAAAGAACUUGAGAUGGACGUUAAAGACACCGGACCGAAUCCCUUCAGCUCCCAGAAACCCGAGCAGGUCCAGUCCAGCCCAAACAAACCCCCCAGUUACUGCAACGCUUUUUAUAUUUACUUUCAGGGUCUGCAACCGGAGGAAGAGUAGAUUUACAGAGACCUUUGCUUUCUGAGAGCGUUUCUCACUAAAGCCUUUGGAGAUCAGUCACAUCUUUAAAAAGUCACAAAUAAUACCCUGUUAGAGCCAUCUUAAUUUCCUUUCAGUUGUCUAUUGGAAUAAGAGUCGAAUAUUUGUCUAUUUAAUGAGAGGAAUGAAUUUCUAUUACCUUUUUGUUAUUUCUUUGAGCUGAAUACCUCUCCCUAGUGUUACAAACCGGUCACUGCACCUUCAUAAAACCUGUGGGGUCCUGCUUUAAGGGAUUUAGUAGUCAGCCCAAGAUGCCUGUCAGUAAAACACAUUUUUCAACCACAUGGUGGUAGGUUGUCAGUUUUAUUUUUAAUUUCUCUUUGGACAAAAUCAUGUAUGGAAAUAAAUGGAUUAGGCUACCUCAAGCGUGUUGACUGGAUACGGGCUGGCUCACACACUAAAAGGAAAAUAUUACAGUUUAUUAUGCGAUUAUAGUAUUUAAUUUAAGAAAUGUUUCAAGAAACAAAUGUUUAAUUUAAAACUGCUGUUAUUUGCUUGCAGCGCAAUUUAUUAAACUGUAGCGCCCCCUAGUGCUUAAAUCUGC